UAUUGGAAUUAAUAAAGGUAUUCCCAAAGUAGAAAAAAAAAAGGGUUUUUUUAUUUCUUAUUGAUGGAAGAGAGAGAGAUGUGUUAUAGUUGGUUAGUGAAGAGCCCAAAGAAAGAAGUUCAACAAUUAGUUCCUACACCUUCCAUUUGGGAAGAUGAUUUCAGAGCUUUUUUCGACCUCGCUGACGAAGAAAACCCCCCGCUGCUGCAUCAGCCGGACUGCCAUUUCCAGGACGUCAAUGUUAUGGAAAACAACAAGGUUUCUAAUUUGAAUUUAAAUCUUAACUAUGAAGAGGUUUUGGAAGCGUGGUCUGACCGUGGAUCUCUUUGGGCCUCUGCGUCCGACCCAACUCACGUUCCCUAUAUGGGAGAGGUUCCAAUAAUGAGAAUGGAGGAAGAAAGAAGAAGAAGGGUGAAGAGAUAUAAGGAAAAGCGUCACACAAGAAUGUUCUGUAAGAAGAUAAGAUACCAAGUUCGUAAGCUCAAUGCAGACAGAAGGCCUAGAAUUAAGGGACGUUUUGUGAAGACCGAUUAUUGUUGAAUGAAAGGAAAAAAAAAGUUGAAAAAUAUCUCAACACAAAAUAAUAAAAGUGUAUCUCCAACUUUUUCUUUCACAUGAUUCUUCUUGAAAAUAUCUAAAAAAUUUAUGCACUUAGAACCUUUGUGUGUGGUGUGGGGUUUGAAUUUGAAUAAUGGUGUGGUGUGGGGGUCUCCUCCUCCUGCAGCAGGAGGGACCCCAACUUUGUCCAUUACAUUGGUACACUCUUAGAUUCACCAUA